AUGGACCUCAGAAAGUGGGAGGCCAGACACGAUGGCCUGGCAGUCGACGUUUCUGUCGUGGAGCAAGUUGCGGGCGAGCCUGGAGUUGCAAGAGAUGUGCUCAGACGUGGUCAUACAAAUGGAAGCAAGACGCAUGACUCUUUCGUCUUUCGCACUCUCCAUGCUGGUGCAAAGUAUGGCAAUAAGGACUUGCUUGUGAAUCGGAAGGCCUACCGACAGGCGGUUGCGACGAACUUGGGAGCUAUCAAGCUUGCGAACGACUACCUCCAACAGGAUGAGGCAAUUGUUCUCAAUUGGGCCUUGACCCAUGUCUCCAAGGAGCGCACCUUGGACAGGGACUUCAUGCUAAGUGUGGUGAGAACAAACGGAGAGGCAUUAGAGGAGGCAGCCCCUGCACUGCGCGGGGACCGCGAAGUGGUGCUCUCGGCUGUGAAGAGUUCCAAGGGCUGGGCCUUGCAGUUUGCAGCUGACUCUCUGAAACAAGACCGCGAAGUCGUUCUCACCGCGGUGCGGCGGAAUGCGCUGGCUUUGGAGUUUGCUUCCGCAGAGCUGCGAUCGGACCGGCAGAUUGUCUCUGUCGCAGUGUGCAAGACCCUGCCAGGUUCUCAGUCAGUCGGCACUGUGGAGUCAGUUUUUGGGCUGGAGUUGGCAAGAUUGCAAGAUACCAUCAUAGCCGUGGACCCCCUGUUCUGGCACAUAGUGAAGGGCAUCAUUGCCAGCGUCAAUUUUGCGAGAAAUGACCUUCGGGCUUGCCAAGAAAUCGUCUUGGCAGCCGUGGGAGCGAAUGGCUUGGCUCUCGAAUAUGCAGCCCCCGCUCUGCGAGGUGACAAACAAACGGUUCUCGCGGCCGUGGCCACAAACCCAUUUGCGCUCCAGUUUGCCUCCGAGCAGCUGCGGGAAGACAGGGAUGUCGUGGGUGCUGCGGUUGGGAAGGAUGGCUGUGCACUUCAAUUUGCCGCCUUAGUUGCAAAGGCGGAUCGGGCGGUUGUCCUGGCGGCGAUGCGGCAAGCUGGAGUGCAUGUUCUCCUGAUGGCCGAUCAGAGUCUGCAGGAAGACCAGACCAUCUUGCAUGAGGCACGGCAGCAAGACACACCUGCAGGGCAGAUGGCAAAGUCCAGCAGCUUGCCAGGUGCUGAGAUCUCUUGGUCUGACAGUGCCUUCAUGGAGGUUGAGAAAACCCGAUUGUGA